AUGUCGUCCGACGAAAAAGCGGCGGCCGCUUUUGAAGCAGAUUCGCUUCGAAAGCUCGCCUUUUUUGGAAUUGCCGUUUCUGCAAUAGCCACUCUUACCGCGAUCAUCGCGGUUCCCAUGCUUUAUAAUUACAUGCAACACGUUCAAUCAUCACUCCAAUCCGAGGUCGAUUUCUGCCGCCAUCGAACAAAUGGAUUGUGGGAGGAAUAUAGCAAGUUUGAAGCUGCCACUGGCAUCCACGGCCGAAUCAAACGAUCCACAUAUCAGAAGUCCAAUGGAGUUACCGGGCGGUUUCAUCCGCACGCGCCGCAGCGGCGGAGAGCCACAGCUCGCGGGGCUGCUUCCUACAGUACCACCUAUUCACAAGAUGCUGUUGUUGGAGGUGGCGGUGUUGGAGGAUCAUGUUGCUCAUGUGGUGUUGGACCAGCUGGACCGCCUGGUCCACCAGGUGCUGAUGGCAAUCCUGGAAAUGACGGACAGCCGGGAACACCUGGAAACCCAGGACAGGAUGCGAUUGGAGAUGAGCCACCAACGGCUGCCGAUUUUUGUUUUGACUGCCCCGCUGGACCGCCGGGACCGCCAGGCCGGCCAGGACCGAAAGGGUCGCCUGGAAAGCCGGGUGCUCCUGGAAACCCGGGAGGAAAUGCGCUACCAGGACCACCAGGACCGCCCGGACCGCCAGGGCCCCCAGGAAACGAUGGGCUUCCAGGCAAUACGGGAAGUCCUGGUGCCCCUGGUCAGGUUAUCGAAGUGCCUGGCACCACCGGACCUGCCGGACCACCAGGCCCAAUUGGGCCACCAGGAUUGCCGGGUCAGCCAGGACCACCGGGAAGCGCGCAACCAGGGCCGCAAGGACCACCAGGAGAUCCAGGACUCGAUGGGGCGCCAGGAAACCCGGGAGCGCCCGGAGAUCCAGGAUCACCAGGAGUCCCAGGUGUCGGAGGAGGAUGCGAUCAUUGCCCGCCGCCAAGAACAGCACCAGGAUAUUAA